AUGGAGCGGCCUGAGACUAUUGCUAUGGAUGUGGAUGGCAAUGAUUCAGAUUACGAAUAUGAGUAUGACCCGUUUGAAACAGAGACAGCUUAUAUCAACCUCGAGCUAUCCUCAGUUAACGGGCCCAUACGACCUCCGAGAAAGCGAUCAUCUACUUCGACUCCAAUCCACUCUCCAAUUGACCCUUCCAUGACACCUUCGCUUGACGGUGACGGAGGGCAAGAUCACAACGACCAAGAGCAAGAGUCGCAAAGCCGAAUCCAGAUAAUGGACCUUCACUCGCCUAAUCCGAUAAUUUCAUAUGGCAACCAGAUAUUCAGCUGUUCCUGGGCCGACAUGAUUGGGACGGAGUUGAUGUUCACUCGCUCAUCCGAGAGGCAGCCAAACUCAACUCCUCCGCUCUGGAGAAAUGAAGAGGACAGCAGCGAGCUCCUGUGCGCCAACCGAGUGAGGAUUGUGGGCCAAAAGGCCAAUUUAAUAUCCAGCUCGGGCGGUCAGAGCCAAAGCGUGUUUGGGGAGGACAUGGGCGACGCAUCCAGGAUUGCAAUGAGCAACCAGGCACGAUUCCUGGCGCGGCUGGCGAAGGCGAAACAUUCCAGGGGCGAAACCGAUGCUGUCAGGACUGUGUUUCCGUUAAAAAAGAGCCAGAUUCAGGAAGAGAAAAUUGCGGGGUGGAAUAGGGUUGAAGCGGCUGUCGCGGAGGCUGAGAGGUUGAAUAAAUUGGCCCUGGAGGGUGAUGGAGAUGCAAUGCGUGCAUUGGAGCAGAUCCAGCUACGAGCCCAUUUUGGAACUUGGAAAAAGACGAAAGGGAAAAAAAAAAUCUCUCAUCGGUGUCACGGAUACAAUAUACCCAGUCAGGAGGACAUGUGUUCCGGCAAACAGAGGAGGAAGAAAAGAAGCAAGCAGACCACUGUUGUGUGGCUGAGUAUUGGGUUGAAGAAGCAAAUUCGACAUAGGAAACAAUAUCUCGUUGAGAAAACAGUAUGGGAAACACCUGAAGAAACCAGCUCGUUGGACAGGGAUAUCAAGAAAAGAAGAAAAAGAAAGAAGAAGAAGAAGAAGAAAAGAAGCUGGAAGCCCAUCUAUGAAAACAACUCCGUUCUAUCCCGACCCGAAUGCAAAUUAAGAUUAUAA